UUCCUCUGAGGGAGGCACAGAACAAAUGACAGUGCGAUCACGAUAACCAAGUCUGGAGUCUUCCGGUGUCCUAUCAUUAACGCUAUGGCGCAACCGCGCUUUCGUUCUGCCUAGAUUCAGACACACACACAGCCAAGAUGGGGGACGCCGAUUCGUGGGACGCCGACAGCUUUGAGCCGGACGAGGGCCUCAAAAAGGCGGCAGUGCAGGACAAAUGGGAAGGCGAAGACGAGGAGGAAGAUGUGAAGGAUAACUGGGAUGAUGAGGAUGACGAGGAGGAAGAAAAGGUUGAAGUGAAGAAAGCAGAUGUAAAAGUUUCAGAUAAGAAAAAAUUAAGUGAAAAAAUCAAAGAGAAAGAAAUCCUUCAAAGGAAAAAACAAGAGGAGCUGAAAAAGAGGUUAGAUGAGUCGCCAGAGAAGAGCGAUCUCACACCAGAAGAAGAGUUGGCAGAAAAGCUGAGAGUGCAGCAGCUGCAGGAGGAGGCAGAUCUGGAGUUGGCGAAAGAUGCCUUUGGCAUUAGUAAUAACGUGACAGGAAUUGAUGCCAUGAGCCCCUCCUCUAAAGAUGACUUCACAGAAUUUGAGAAGUUACUUAAAGAGAAAAUAUCUCCAUAUGAAAAGUCUGUGCAUUACUCCAGUUUCUUGGAGUCUUUGUUUCGGGAUCUCUGCAUUUCAUUGGAAGUGGAGGACUUAAAGAAAAUCAACAAUUCAUUGACAGUUCUACUUAGUGAAAAACAGAAGCAAGAAAAGCAGAACAAAGCAAAGAAGAAGAAGAAGGGUGUGGUUCCAGGUGGUGGUCUAAAAGCAAAAAUGAAAGAUGACCUGGCAGACUACGGAGAGUUUGAUGGGGGUUAUGUCCAAGACUAUGAGGACUUUAUGUGACGACGGCUACUCUUGGACCACCUCUACUCCAUUUCCCUUUCCCUCCACCCAACACGCAGCACCACCUCUGCAUACCGUCCACUACCAUCCCGGAAAGACUGAAAGAUGUUAUCCAUUUAUUGUACUCAUUCUUCAAGUUCAGAAAGACUUUACCCAAGAACAUUGCCUACAUGUGUUUUUUUCCCCUCUUGGUCCAAAAAAUUGAACUGCCCAAGUACUUCUGUCCAUCCUCAUUUAAAAUGAACAAACAUAUUAAAGUGACCAAAUCUCUUACUUCAAAUUUCUAUUUUAAGAAAGACUAUUGAAGUAAGAAAUGCAAUGCCCAAAAUAGUUGGGUAUGCUGAAGAGUGGUUGAUGGUUAGACUGAGACUUUUCAGAAAAAAAAAUGUGGCCUGUGACAAAGUGGCCGAAUAGUAUUACUGUUUGACAACUGCAGUUUCAUGGGAAUAAAUUUGAUGUUCUAUGCAAAUAAGUUAAUUUGGAAUACAUCUACAUUUAUCUAAUGGAUAUUUUGGCUGUUCUUGUGGAUGGCAUAGUUUCUGCAAAAAAGUGUAUUUUGAUCUCUCCAGUAACUUUUGCUGUCAAAUGCAACCCUAUUGCUUAUAUUUGAUAUGUUACUUUGGAAGGUUUUUCCCCCAAGCUAACCGACUAAGUACAAGGCAAUGGAAUGACAUACAAAUGUACCAUUCUGAAAAAUGUGGCUGAAGUGUCAUGUUGCCAUUCUUUGGAAAAUGCCCAGUUCCUCUGUCAGUUACUGGGAUAGGGGUUUCCUGGUGAAUUUGGAAAAUAUUUCAAUAUUAUUGAGUUUAAAAUGGAUUUAGUUUGUACUCAUGUUUACUACUAAUGCAAGUACAUGCGGUGGGAUUAGUCUUCUCAUAGUUGUCUCAUCAACAUGGCUUUCCACCAGCUUUUAAUGAGCGAGCUGAGGAACUUGGAUACUUAUUAAAUACCCCCAGUGUGUUUGUAUGUAAGAAUUGCCUGAUAUGAAGGGAAAUGGUAGAUUUUCCUGUUUCUGUAUCAUUUGGCAAAGGCUGCUUUAUGGAUGUAUUAGAAAAUCUGACAUUGGAAAGUGCAUAUGAUGACAGCAUCUGCAGUGUUUUAUAAGCAUCUAAUAAAAUCACUGUUCAAAAGCA